AUGCAUAUACAUUUGUUAAGCUCGUUUCCCUCGAUGUUUGUAAACAACAUUUCCAUGUCACACCUGCUAGAAUAACAUCAAUAGUUUUAACAAUCGUGUCAUAUUCGGACUAUGACAGCUAUAGAGAAAAUACGAGAAGCUGUUACUGAACUGUAUAAGUUCAGGGAUGAAUACUACACAACCCAUGGCACAGACGCAGCUGUCAAAAAGAACCAAGAUGUGCAACGGCAGAUUAAAAAGACUUUACAACUAAUUGACAGUCAUAAAGAUGAGAUUGGCCCAGAGUCCAAAGGAGAACUGUAUUUUCUUCGUGGAAGAGUAUUAAAUGCGACACCAGAAUACAGUGCAGAGGCAGAGGAAGAGCUAGGGAAGGCCACACGUUUUAAUCUUCCUGAUGCCUGGAAUGAACUUGGAGAGUGCCAGUACAAAAAAGGAGAUCUGAGUGGUGCACAGACAUGUUUUGAAAAGGCACUGAAGUUGGUUCAAAAGAAGGUAUAUUAUCGAAACAUGUCCAUGCUGAUGAGGAGUUUGCCGUGGAAGACUCCAGCUGAGAGAGAGGAGAAUGUUAACAAGGGUUUGGAAUAUGCCAGAAAUGCCCUCAAGCUGGAUAUGAGUGAUGGCCAUUCAUGGCUUGUCCUUGGCAAUGCAUAUCUGGCCUCAUUCUUCAGUGUGGACUCAAAGCUUGAGUCACUGAAAAACUGCAAAGCAGCCUAUAUCAAAGCAGCCAAUGAUCCUCUUGCUGCUGUGCUUCCUGAACUACAUUUCAGUACAUUUCAUGUUCAGUGGUAUGAAGAAGACUAUGCUGGUGCUCUCAAUAGCCUCCUCCAGGCUUACAAGCUGGAACCGACUUGGAUCGAGUGCAAGAGCAAGUUUGACGAGUGUCGCCGCUUCUUAAACAAGUUGGCCCAGAUGGUCAAGAGCAAGGGUCAGCUCAACCAGAGAAGGCUCAUGGGAUUCAUAGGGGAUAUUAAUAACAGUCAGCUAGGACCAUAUGACAAUGGAGGAACCAACCUGAGUGGGGGCAGAAAACCAGACCUUGUUCCUCUGGCUUUAUUAGGUGAAGGUAGUAACCAGGACAAGAUAAUUUUAGGUAAGGUAGUGUGUACUGUGAUCCCAGACUCGGGCAUUCCCUUCUCCUUCUGCCUGGUGGACAAGGACAGUUCAUGCAUUGCCGUCACUGUCUAUAAUUGGGCCAGUGGCUGUGGGGUCAAGAUCGGAGAUUCUGUCGCAGUGCUGGCGCCUGUGCUGAAAACUCAUGUGGUUCAGGUGCCAGAGGGAGAGAAGCUGGAGUUCCGGUCUGUACGAGUGGCUCUUCCGCUGAUGCUUGUCGUCAACAAACGAUCAGUGGGCAUCAGCCAAGUUGCAACAUCUCAGAUCAUCUCCCAGCAGAAACCAGAGUAACCAAUUUCUUAGACAAGUUAGCUAGAAGCAUUUGCAUUCCCAAGUGACAGGUUACUUAAGAGGCAUUUGUAAUGUGAUGUUAAUGGUUACUCAGAUGCAUCUGCAUUCCCAAGUGAUUGGUUACAUGCAGGCCUAUGCCUUCUCAAGUGACCAUUUUUUAGGGGCAUUUCCACAGAGUGACCAGUCAUUUAAGAGACAUUUGCAUUACCAGGUAAUUGGUUAUAUUGUCAUUUAGAUUCUUAAGUGACCAGUCUGCUCAGAUGAUACUGCAUUUUCAGUUCUGACUUAUUCAUAAAGAAUAGGAAAACUUAACCCUUUAACUGCAGAAUUAAAUUUCAAGGGCAUCCCAGUCAUGAUGUUAGUUAUCCACCCAAAGAAAUAAGAUUUAUGUUUUCUGCUUCUGAAAUACAUUUUCAGCAUGUCCUAUAGGUGCUGCUUUCAUAUUCACCACAAAAAUUCUUUGAGUAUUGCUCUUUAAAGUGAUAUUUGAUGGUGUGAAAAAAUUAAGGAAAAUUAUCUUUCAGAAAAAGUGAUAAAUCUUCUGUUUAUAAGAAAUUUUGGAAGUAUUCAGAAGGGCUAAGGUCCUUAGGUAGCAUGCACUGGAUCAGCGGGAGGCUGCGCAAUAGAAGUUAGCAAGGGAGUGUUACUUCUCGCUGCAUAAGUGUUUUUUAAGAUCGUGGAGUAAACCCGCUUUCUGCAGUUAAAAAUAUUUUGGACAGAUAUAUCCACAUCAAGCAGUUAAAGGGUUAAAGAGUGAACUAAUUUUUUUUAUCAUGUGAAAAGUUGCUUGAUGGAAAUUUGGAUCCUUAUUAGAUAAGGUUUCCAUUUACUGUGGUUUUUAGGAAUAUUUUCAUAAUGAUCUCUGCUGCAAUAAAUUGAAUAAGUGAUUUUGAUU